AUGCCAGUGCGCAGCUAUGCCGACUGGAGGAAGAUUGCAGAUCUGGCGAAGGAGGUCUUGUCGCUCUUGGAGGAGGAAUGGCCAGAGGUGAUUGCCUGGUUGGUGGUGGGCUCCGGCCCUGCCUGGGUGCUGUACGUUGUCGUCGUGCGAAGGCCUCGGAGCAGUGCAGCAGCAGCUGUCGCUUGGGCGACGUGGCUUGCUGUGCAGGUUUCUGCCCAGGGCUCUGGUGCCCUGGAUGUGACAAGGAAGCGGGCGCUUGCGGCACUCCAGGCUACGCAUGAGGUUGCGCAGAAGUCUGUUGUGAUGGUGGAGGCAUGGAUCAUUGUCUUUCUUCCGUUUGUUGCUGAUCUGUGGAGGCAUUCUCGCAGUGCCUGGAAUGCUCUCAGCUUGCCAGCACGGCUUGUACUAGUCGGCGUCCCGGUGGGCCUGUACCUGACAGCCUUGGUUGUUAGGAGGAUUAUCAGAGCUUGCCGCCGAAGAAAGGAAGGUCUGCGCCAAGCAGUCAAGUCUUUUCUUUUCCACGGCUCCUUUGUCUUGGCAUGCCCCCUGCUUUGGUUCUCUACAGGACGUGUCUCUAUCUGGUGGUUGAACGUCUUGCUGUCGAAUGUGCUCACAACAGUGCCUACCCUAGGUUCGCUUGUUGCCCUGGGCUGGCAGCCACUCUUCGACCCAGUGGCUGGCAAAGUCGCGGGUGUGCAGGAUAUUCAGGGGCAACCUGCGCUGCCCUGGAGAGCUCUUGGCGAUACCAACAGCAUGGGAACCGUGGAGGCCGCUUCAACUGGAAUGCGGCCGCGAAGACGAAGCCAUAGGAGGGCUGCCGUCGACACGCCUACCGCUAGACCAGUAGCCCAGCCGAGUUCGCUUCGGCUGUGGCUUUCUUACUGGGCUUCCUGGCCCCUCCUUCAGCUCCUUGAGCAAGGAUUGCCUGCCCUGCUGGAGCUACAAGUUCUCGGUGUCAAGCAGGUGCAGGAACUGCAAUCGCAGUCGAAGAGAGUUCUCAUAGUGUAUGUGCUCUGGCUUCUGGUGUGGAAGGGAAGCCGUGCUCAGCUCGCUGUCCUGCGAUUCACACUUGGCCGAUGCCGGUUGCUAGAGAUCCUUCCGGGCCUCCUGGGAGUUCACGGACUUCAGAUUCUGAGCAUGCUGCGAGGUGGAACCGAGGGGAUGCCAGUGCCAUCCACAGCUAACAUGUUCCUGGCGUUUCAAUCCAUCUUCAGGCGUGGCUGGCGUAUGUUGGCAGCCGCCACCGCGGCCCUCGCAUUGCUGGCGGCAUCAGUAGUUCUGUUCUACCGGCUUGUCAGCGUCACCAACAGAGCUCUUACAGCGCUAAUCUGGGUCUUUGCCGCAAUGGAUACCGCCGACACCUUGGCUGCCGAUGCCGGCGAGAUUUUGCUGGCAAGGAAGCUCGCAUUUUGGGCCGUGGCUAUGCUGUGGUCUGCGCUGGUGCAGCUCCCCUUUGUUGGAGUUGGGCUCAGGCUGUUUACCCCCGUCGUCUUUGCCUUGCUCAUGGUGGCAAGUGAGACCAUCUUGCGACGAGUAGUGCAGCCUCUGCUGGAGCUUCUGACAGCACGUUUGCGCCGGCUCCUGUCGCUCGUGGGGCGGAGGAUGUUUGGGAUGACAACUGCGCUGCGAAGCUUGCCGAUGUGGCUGCUCAAGUUCUUGUCUUCCAAAGCUUCCAGGCGCACCACGGCGAACGCCUCCGCUGCACAUGAUGCUGGUGUGCAGCAACAGCUGCCUGACCUCCAGGCUCCUGGCCAAGGCGGCCAAGGCGAGAGCGGUGUGACAGCGAUCCUAGAGCCCUCCAACUCCAGAAGGACGAGCGUGGUAAGCUGCUCUUCCCAGGCCCCAAGCGCCAGCACAGUGCCAGAAGGGGACCAGGCCCAGGCGCCACAAAGUCCAAGUCCCAAUCAACUCCAAUCCAUGCAGCCCGAAGUAGAAGCUCCCGCACACGUUCUUGGCAGUCCAAGUACUGCGGCCUCGUCUGCUGGCAAUCCAAGCCCAGCCCCAACAUCACCAGCUGGCGUGCGCCAUCGUGGAAAGAAGGGGCGGCGCAAGUAG